CUGGGUAGACUCAGUGAAAUGAUGGUUGUGUUGGGCGUGUAGAGGUUGUGUGGUAUUGUCUCGAUUGUGGUUCUUCCAUCCAACGGUGUCUCUUCCUCCUCACCAUUGGUGUCUUCCUCAUUGUCGCCUUGUUUGGGGUUUUUGAGUGUCUGUUCUAUAAUAGCACCCACAUCAUUCAGGUAGUACCGGUAUCCACAGCUUGCCAUGACAAACAAGACACAUCCUAGGAGCAACACAGCCAGUCUGGCAAUGCUCUGAUUGUUCGACAGGGUGGAAUCCGACACCUCCACAUCCUGUUGCCCUUGGUUCUUUCUUCUGCUUCUUUUCAGUCUCAUUGCUGCGUUAUUAUUAGCUUGUCAACAAUACCAUGCCCACAACAAUAAAUUAUUAGCAACAAAUGCAGAAACUCUUGUGCGGCGUGGGAAAUUUUGGGUCAUACAGUCAUACGACGGUACUUAAAGAUAAUUGGCUACUAAUCGUGAGAACGUCCUCAAGAGGAAGCAACAAAGGAUCUUUCUUUUUUGUUGUCGUGCUUGUUCAACAGGAAGGGAAAUCCUCGACGAGAAAGACGAGGGCAGACACAACAGAGGUAUACUAGCUAGCAGCCACUCAAAGCAACGACAAGCCACUAGCCGGCUAUAUCCAACAGUCAAGACUCAUUCAAUUUACCAUUGGCAGGUACUUUAGUGUGUUUCUCUCUCCUGUUCCUUGAUAUAUCACAAUCAUGUCGUAUGACCCCAAGAAAGAAAAAGAACACUUUGGCUACCGCCAGUAUCGUGCGUUGAUCAAGGUGGCAUGUGUACUCUUGGUUGCGGUGGGUGUUGUGGUUGCCGUACACAUGCAAAACAAAAUGGUGGAUGGUAUGGACAGUAAUAAAAGUAAAGAAGAAAAGACUACACAACAAAUAUUGCGUCCCAAGGUGACGGAAUCCUUUGUGACCGAACCACAAGACACGACAACGGAAACAGCAAGCACUGGUAGUGAAACAAGUGAAAAAGCAACAACUCCCAUUGGGAAAAAACAAGAUGAAGAUUUGGGCACGUUUGAAGACAAGGAAAAUCCCGCUGCCUUGCCCGAUCUCCCCUUCGACGAUGACAGGCCCAUCUUUGUGUUGAGUUUGCCCUUUAAUGGAGACUUGGUCGUGCCUCGCUACUUUGAGUGUGCAGGUGUCAACAAGGUUGGACGGUACUGGACCCAUCCCGAUCCCACUGAAGUUGUGCGGCGACCACUUGGCCAAUGUCUCCAGUUCAAUAUGGAACAAAUGAUGAACAAGUCCAGUACCAUUCCCGUCUCGUCCAUCAUGGAGGGAUGUGGAAGACAAUCCGUUUGGAUGGAACUACAGUACAUUCACCCACCCCUCUCCAAGGGAAGCAUCCUACGCAGCUACCAAUGCUUUGAUCCAGUCCUAUUCCCAGGAGCGUUGGAAAAACUAUACAAGGCGUAUCCCCAAGCCAUUAUCGUCACGGUCCAACGAAAAUUCUUUCCACAAUUAUGGCUUGAUGCGCUCCCCAAAGAUAUCAAAACACACUGGAAAAAGUGGUGUAAUCCGACACAUGACGAUGCCUUUCCCAAAAGCUCCAAAAUUUCCGCCAGUGCUGAUGCCAAGUACAUUGAAUUCUACAACAAUUACUACAAAAAACUGGAAGAAUUCGCCGAAAAUCAUCAAGGAUGGGGCCACGUAUCGAUCAAUCUCGAUGAAGAUCCCGAUGUUACGGCCAAACAAUUGGAAGAAGAACUCAAAUUGCCACAAAAGUGCUGGAAGGAUUCCGUCGAAGGAGAAAUGGUGGAUGCCGCAGGAUCGGCACGACGACCCAUGGAUAUCUCCUUUCCCGUAUUGGUCACCAGUCUGCCCAAAUCCGGUGCCGCCACAGCACAACAAUAUUUUGCCUGUGGAUUGGGUGACUGGACCGCUGCCCAUCAGUGGACCACGCCCUCCGAUUCGACACCCGACAAUCCAAUGCGGGAUGUGCCCAUUGGACAGUGCUUGCAACAAAAUUUCAAAGUCGAUCACAAAAAGGACGUUUUCAAGGGAUGUGGCCAUGCACGCAUUUGGUCCGAUGUGGGCUAUUUGAGAUCGGCACAAGGGAAAUGUUACUAUCCCUCCUUGGAUGAAGGUUUUAUGGAUGCCUUUGCCAAAUAUUAUCCGCAUGCGACCAUCUUUCAUGCCGUACGUGAUGCCGGAGAGUGGCUUACAUCGACCAGACUCAACAAGUUGCCGGGACGGUGGAGUGAGGCAGAGGAGUGUGUGGGAUUUCCGGAUGAUCCAAAAGAAGAUGCUACAUGGCAUGACUUUUACAACGACUACACACAACGUAUUCGCAAAUUUGCAGCGUCGCAUGUCAAUAUGACCUACAUUGAAGUUCCUCUCUCGAAUGAUGGUGCACAGCAUCUUCAAAGCAUCUUUGGAUUCCAUCCAAAAUGCUGGGGUACGAAAAUGGCCCGAGAAAUUGAUCAGUAGGGGAUUUGCUUGGCCAAGCUGUGUAAUUUGUUGUUGAAGGUGGUUCACUGGUACUCAAAAAGAAUAGUACACUCCACAUGUAUGGGUCUAGCUAGUUCCUAGUUCUACUUCGUUUUUUAUGUCGUAUUGAU